ACGCUUUCCAAAUCCCUCCAAAACUGUCACCAACCAUGGCGCCGUCAACGUCCUCCCUCUCGUCCCGCCAUACACUUCACCGUCUCCUCCUCCCCCUCACUUAUCCACUCGGGAGACUUCACUUGCUUCUUAGCUUGACGAGCUUAGCUUGCUUGCUAGCCGCCGGUGAGGUCGAGCGCUGCUUCGACACGCCAUGGCGGAGGACGGCAAGUCCAACGAUCAGAUCCUCAGUGAGCUCGACGCGCUCAGCCACACGCUCUACCAGGCGCACACCAAGCGCCGCACCGCCUCCCUCGUGCUCCCCCGCUCGGCCGGCGACAGCAAUGCCGACGGCGUUGACGCCGUCCGCGCCGCGGCGCGCCCGCCCUCCCGCCGCCUGUCCAUGUCCCCGUUCCGGUCGAGGCCUAACCUGGACAAGAACGCGAACGACGACGAUGACGGCGACGACGCGGGAGCGGGCGUGGCGCUGCCGUCCAAGAGCCAGAGCUUCGCCGCGGUGGCCACGGCGGCGCCGGCCGUGGCCGGGGAGAAGAAGGGGAUCUGGGGCUGGAAGCCGAUCCGCGCGCUGUCGCGCAUCGGCAUGCAACGGAUGGGCUGCCUCUUCUCCGUCGAGGUGGUGGCGGCGCAGGGCCUCCCACCGUCCAUGAACGGGCUGCGCCUCGCCGUGGCCGUGCGAAAAAAGGAGUCGCGCGACGGCGCCGUGCAGACCAUGCCGUCGCGCGUGCAGCAGGGCGGCGCCGACUUCGAGGAGACGCUCUUCGUCCGGUGCUACCUCUACUGCAGCGGCGGCGGCGCCACGGGGAAGCCGCUCAAGUUCGAGCCCCGGCCGUUCCUCGUGUCGGCCGUCGCCGUGGAGGCGCCGGAGCUCGACCUCGGCCGGAACGCCGUGGACCUGAGCCUCCUCGUGAAGGAGUCCUCGGAGAAGAGCCAGCAAGGGGAGCGCGUCCGGCAGUGGGACAUGGCGUUCCCGCUCGCCGGGAAGGCCAAGGGCGGCGAGCUCGUCGUCAAGCUGUCGUUCCAGAUCAUGGACGACGGAGGCGUCGGGCUGUACAACCAGCCAGCCGUCGCAGGCAGGAGUAGCUCCUCUUCGUCGUCCUCCUUGUUAGCUCGGAAGCAUAGCAAGUCGUCGUUCAGCGUCACGAGCCCCAAGGUGGCGCGCCCGGAGGCGGCGCUGAUACCGUCCAAGGGCGCGCCGUCGCCGGACUUGCUGGGCAUUGACGACUUCAAGCUCGAUGAGCCUAGCCCAGCAGUGGAGGAGGUCAAUGAGGAGCAGCAGAAAGAGCCGGAGCGCGAGCCCGAGGAUGCGAAAGCCGAGGACUCGGAGUUCCCGGAGUUCGACAUCGUGGACAAGGGCGUCGAUGAGCCUAGCCCAGCAGUGGAGGAGGUGCAGCAGAAAGAGCCGGAGCGCAAGCCCGAGGAUGCGAAAGCCGAUGACUCGGAGUUCCCGGAGUUCGACAUCGUCGACAAGGGCGUCGAAGGGCAAGAAGAGAAGGAUAAUCCUCCGAAGGAAGAGGCCGAGGACAAGAAAGAAGCCAAUGAGGAGGAGGAUGCUUCGGCGGCGGCCGACGGCGACGAGGUGGUCAAGGAGGUGGUGCACGAUAGCGCGCGCACGUGGCGCCUCAACGAGCUCGAGGCGAUCACCAACCAGAUCAAGGCCCUCGAGAACAUGAUGCACAGCGACGUGGCGGACGCGGGCGACACGUCGCCAGAGCGGCAGGAGGACGAGGUGGCUGGGCUCGACGCCGAGGAGGAGGAAGUGACCAGAGAGUUCUUGAUGCUGAUGGAACAGGGAGAGGACGAGGACGGGGCGGCGGCCAAGUCGUCGUCGGCUCCGCAAGUGUCGUCGCUCAAGUCCGGCAAGAAGCCUGCCUCCGGCGCCGACGCCACGUGCUACGUCUCCGACCUCGGCAAGGGGCUCGGCCCCAUCGUGCAGACCCGGGAUGGCGGCUACCUGGCCGCCAUGAACCCGUUCGACAUCCCCGUGGAGCGGAAGGAGCUCCCCAAGCUCGCCAUGCAGCUGUCCAAGCCGUUCAUCCUCCGCGGCCAGAAGCUUCCCGGCGGCGGCGCCGAGGUGUUCCAGCGCCUGUGCGCCGGCGGCGGGUCCGAGGCGUUGUGCGCGAAGCUAGGCGCGCUCAUUGCCAUGGACGACGUCGUCGGCAAGACGGCCGAGCAGAUCGCGUUCGAGGGCAUGGCAUCGGCGAUCAUCAGCGCGCGGAGCAAGGAGCUCGUCGCGAUCACCAGCGCCGCCCACUCCGUCUCGCUGCUCCGGACGAUGUCGGUGGCAAUGAGCCACGGGCGCCAGGACAGGAUCGCUACGGGCAUCUGGAACGCCCAGGAAGCGCCGGUGGCCGUCGACGAGAUCCUGGCGUUCGCGCUGCAGAAGAUAGAGACGAUGGCCAUCGAGGCGCUCAAGGUCCAGGCCGGCAUGGUCGAAGAGCAGGCCCCGUUCGAGGUGUCGCCGGAGAAGACGCAGGCCAAGCACCUCCUGGACACCGCCGUGCCGCCGGAGGAGUGGGUGAGCGCCUGCGACGGCGCCGACGCGGUCUCCUUGCUCGUGGUGGUCCAGCUGAGGGAUCCCAUGCGUCGGUACGAGGCCGUCGGGGCACCGUCUGUCGUGAUCAUCCAGGCCGCACGGGCCGCCGGCGCCGGGGACGACGAGCGGAGGUUCAAGGUGGCAAACCUUCACCUCGGCGGCCUGCGGCUGAAGUCGCCCGACCGGCAGAACAUGUGGGACGGCGAGAAGCAGCGGCUCACGGCGAUGCACUGGCUCGUCGCCUACGGGCUCGGCAAGGCCGGGAAGAAGAGCCGGGCCGCGGCCGCCGGGAAGGCCGGGAAUGAUGUGCUGUGGAGCAUGUCGUCGAGGGUGAUGGCUGAUAUGUGGUUCAAGCCGCUGCGCAACCCGGACGUGAAGAUCCCCCAGAAGUAGCCGCAGAAAUCUUGGUCCUACAGCUUAUAUGAUUGUAAAUUAUCCUGCAUUGUGUGGUGAGGUCAAAAUAAAGGACUGUUCUUUUUCCUUUUUUGUUUGAGAGAAUUGUAAGAAUACUGAAUACCAUACUGUGAACAAGGAAUAUUACUGUGACAGCAAGUGAACA